AUGUACACGCGGUGUAGCCGUGUGCCCUGCAGUGGAAACAAGGCGGACUGCUCGUACCAUAUUGAGAGCAAACACGAAGUCACAAUCUUAGGAGGACUCAAUGAAUUUGUUGUGAAGUUUUAUGGACCACAAGGAACACCGUAUGAAGGUGGAGUAUGGAAAGUUAGAGUCGACCUUCCUGAUAAAUACCCUUUCAAAUCCCCGUCUAUAGGAUUCAUGAAUAAAAUUUUCCAUCCCAACAUUGACGAAGCGUCAGGAACUGUAUGUCUAGAUGUAAUCAAUCAAACUUGGACAGCUCUCUACGAUCUCACCAAUAUAUUUGAAUCGUUCCUGCCCCAGCUGCUGGCCUAUCCUAACCCUAUAGAUCCUCUAAAUGGUGACGCUGCAGCCAUGUACCUCCACCGACCAGAAGAGUACAAACAGAAAAUUAAAGAAUACAUUCAGAAAUAUGCAACAGAAGAAGCACUAAAAGAACAGGAAGAAGGCACCGGGGACAGCUCGUCCGAGAGCUCCAUGUCCGACUUCUCGGAAGAUGAGGCUCAGGAUAUGGAGUUGUAGUAGAAGAGGCAACCUGCUUUUCAGAGAGACUCUAAUUUCCUAACCAUGAGAAGCAGACUAUAAUAUUCAUAUUUAAACAAAGCAAUUUUUUUUAUUACUAAACAGGUUUUUAUGAAUAAUAGCAUUGAUAUAUAUAUAUCACCCUUUAGAUCUUGAUUUUCUUGGUCAUUUCUCGAACCCGAGGUGCAUAGCAUAUUCCCACAUUCCAUUUUGGUAGCAAUAUGCAGCCCGAAUGCAUGCAUUCAAAUUCCAUUUGGCCAAGUCAACUUGUGUGCUACUGAACUGUCAGCUAAAACAGCUGCCCUGGUAGGUAGGGAGUUAGCAAAAAGAUGUUUGCUUUCUUAUCGAUGUUUCCAAAGACACCACCUUGGAUGCUAACGUGGAACAGCGUUUUCUCAAAGUGUAAAAUCUGGGGGAUGAUACACUAACCGUGUAGAUCAGACAGUGGAAUAAAAGGUGCUCCUUCAGGUCAACCUUGCUGAUCGUAUUUUACGUGGAGUCACAUUUAAAAAAAUAAAUAAAAUAAAAACAAACAAUACAAAUGCAUGGAGCUAUUCAGAGCAUUGAAGCUUAAAAAUUUUGACUUGGAUUUUAAGUCCGUUUUUAUAUGUGGACUCCUGCCUGCCCUUCUGAACUGUAGGGACUGACAACCACUGGUCUAUUUGCUUUUGGGACUUUCGAAAGCCUUCAUCUGGAUAUUAUUCACUUUCUUGGUCUGGAUUACGAGCUGUUCCCUUUCGGGGGGAAAAAAAAAAAAAAAUACAAACCACAAACGAUGCUCUCUGAACAGUGCUUUGAUUUAGCUGGAGCACAUGUGAAGUCAAACUCUUACUUUGUCAUAGUUUUGAAACUGCUGCCCUUUAAUGGCUUCAAGUUUU